AUGGCUGUUGCUGUCUCAAGGGAUCUGUCAGUACAGGUGCUUGAGGAUUCGAAUACGGUUAAACUGACCAACAACCAGCAAAAUUUACGUGAUGGCAAACAGAGAGGUCAACCCAAAUGUAUCGGGGUGAGUCAGAUGAUGCUGGGCCUGAUGGUCAUUUCCUACUCUAUUCCACUACACUUAAUCAACUUUACUGAAGUGGUUUCCUUUGGCGUGCCAUGGUGGAGUGGGAUAGUGUUUAUAACAACUGGAGUGGUUGCCCUCAUCUUCAACAAGCGUUGUACCACAAGGACUUACCAAGCAUCCCUGCUGGUGAAUGGUGCUUCCAUAGUGUUCUCCAUUAUUGCCGUCAUCAUAUAUUCUGUGGAUAUACACAAAGAGCCCACAGAAGCAUGUGCGAGCUUGGACAGCACCUGUAAUGCACACUUCUAUGCCACAAAACUGAGCAGUGGACUAAAAUCCUCUCUACUAGUCUUCACCUUGGCCCAGACUGCUGUCUCUGCCUUUCUCUGCUUCCAUCUGUACAGAAUGAAGCAUACCUUUGGAUUGUACAAUCCUUUCUCUGAAGCUACUUCCUCUACUCCCACAACACUCACCUGA